UCGAGCCGCACGGUGAACAUGGAGAGCCUUCGGUACAUCUCGUCGCUGGCGGACCCCCGUGUCCAAGGGUGGCCCCUCAUGGACAGCCCGGUCACCUGCCUGACCAUCUUGGCGGCGUACGUCUCGUUCGCCACCACCGUGGGCCCCCACUGGAUGCGGGACCGCAAGCCCUACCAACUCAAACCCCUCAUAAUGGCCUACAAUCUCUUCAACGUGCUGGCCAGUGGAUUCUUCGCCUUCAACCUUCUCAGGCUCACCUAUCUCGGCGGAGGCUACAACUGGGCCUGCCAGACGGUGGACUACUCGGACAGCCCUAACGCGACGACCCUCACUAAGCUCGUCUGGUGGUACCUCCUGCUCAAGAUCGCCGAUCUGCUGGACACUGUCUUCUUCGUUCUUACCAAAAAGCAGAGUCACGUGACAGUUCUUCACGUGGCCCACCACUCGAUGGUAGUCGGGACCGUAUGGAUUGUCCUCAAGUUCGCCUGCGGAGGACAAAACAUUCUGACGGGGGCGCUGAACAGCAUCAUCCACGUCAUCAUGUACUCUUACUACUUCCUGUCGCUCAUGGGACCCUCCGUGCAGAAGUACCUCUGGUGGAAGAGGUACCUCACCCAAGUCCAGCUGAUCCAGUUCGUGGUGCUCGUGGUACACGCCAUCCUGCCGCUGUUCGUGCGAUGCGGUUUCCCCACCUUCUUCAGCUGGCUAUGCAUCGCCGAAUGCGCCUUCUUCUUUCUCAUGUUCGCCCGCUUCUACUGCAGGAGCUACAAGCGCCUAGUCAAAAACUGCUGAGGUAGUAUAACAAUUGGGACCUUCUCCGCGCAAGUGUCCUCGCUUCAGACUUUGCGUGAGACCGCAGGCACGCGUCACAAAGUGGGACUUCUUUUGCUUUCUUCUCGUCGCGCUUCGUCGGGUACGUUACAGGCUGCGAGUAGGAUUGCAUUUGCUUCCUUUUCGACGGGAACUUUUUCUUUUUUUUUAAUACCCGCCGCGUUUUAAAGAAUCGCCGGUAGCGACCUUCUGCGCGUGUUCUAAUACUAGAUGCACGUAAAAACGCCCUGCGAAAAAGAACAAAAAUUUCCGUGACUGCUGUGUAGUUCCAUUGUAUCGCGGUGUCUGAAGGACGCUGUUACCUCGAGACAGAAAGAAAGCAGUUCCACGCGCACGUGUCCAACAUCUUUACUAUCCCGUCAGAUGAGUCUUUCAUGGUUUCGAAGAGCUUCCCCCGUCGGUUUGGGAUGUUUCUCAGGGUAGCGGGAACCGUUCAAGCUUGUGGCAUGCCUUCUCGGGUCCUAGGAAAGCUUAGUACGGUCGAAGCUUGGAUGAUGGUGUGCUUGGUAACGCGAAGCCUGUUUGAGAAUUCAGGGCCUUGGGAUGGUCGGCAUCUCCCCUGGAGAAGUCAGCUGAUCGGUAUCUGAAAUGGGACCACAAAGUACCGCUUACAGCCUUGCUGUAGUCCUUUUUUAAUGCAUGAAUGAUGAAGACUGAGUGAAUGAUAUGUAGUAUGGGUAAGAAUGAAUGUUUUUCUACGUGAGAAGCCAAUUUUUGUAUGCCUGAAACGAGACCCGUUAUUGGGUUCUAGACAUAUUACUUCUUAUUUAUGAUUCGAGUGCUCGCGAUGUCUGUAUAUAGAGCCUCGAAGCAAAUCUUGAAGGUUGUUCAUGUAUUUGUGACUUCGUGAACAACUUUCCUUCUGUCCGAUGUGCGUGUCUCCUUGUACAUAUUGUUUGUUGCAUACAUGCCUUUCUGUUACGAUAUUGUUUCUUUUUAAGAAAACCGAUAAUAAACAUGUUUCUGUUGUUGA